AUGAAAGCCCUCGCUGUUGUUGGUGGGCUCGCAGCUUUGCUUCCCAUAGCGUUGGCUUGUGGUAGCGAUGAUUCGUGCUAUGGCCCGACAAGCACAGUUGAACAUGUUCGCCAUGUCAAACGCAUUCAGCCUGGAGCUCCCAAUGCCAAAUAUGGCCCCAAAGCGCCUCUUGAAUGGGGACAGCUGAACAUUCUCCAUACGACCGAUUCUCAUGGCUGGCUUGAAGGCCAUCUCAAGGAGCAAAACUAUGGCGCCGACUGGGGUGACUUUGCCACCUUUUCGCGUCGCAUGAAGCAGGCGGCUCAUGAUCUAAACGUUGACCUGCUGCUGAUUGAUACGGGCGAUCUCCACGACGGCAACGGCCUUUCAGAUGCCACCACAGUUGAUGGCACCAAAUCGAUGCCCAUCUUCAACGAUAUCGAUUACGACCUGCUAACCAUUGGGAACCAUGAGUUGUACAUGUCCGAAGUAUCUUAUGAAAUGUUCAACGUCUGGGCAAAGAAAUGGGGUGAGCGUUACAUCACCUCCAACGUCAAAGUCCUCAAUAAGACCUCGGGCAAGUAUGAGUAUGUGGGUGCCACGCAUCGCUACUUCAAGACUGAAAAGGGGCUGCGCGUCAUGGCCUUUGGUGUUUUGUUUGACUUUACUGGCAACUCCAAUGCUUCGCAGGUGAUUAUGGCCAAGGACUUGGUUAAAGAGCCGUGGUUCACUCAAGCUCUUGCCGUGAGCGAGCCCAUUGAUGUUUUCAUCCUCCUUGGCCAUAACCCUGUUAGUCAAAAGGAUCCUGUAAGCACGUUCAAGGUCGUCUUUGACGAGAUCCGCAAACAUCAUCCCGUCACCCCUAUCCAAAUCCUCGGAGGCCACACUCAUAUUCGCAACUUUUCUGUCUACGAUGACAAUUCCGUGGCACUCGAGUCUGGCCGCUACUGCGAGACGCUGGGCUGGCUUUCAAUGAGCGGUUUCAAUUCCUCCAACAGCGGCUUCACGGGCCCCAAGAAUCCCACAGGCGUGGCCAAUCCGAGCCGGCCAGCACGGCCAGGGGCAAAGUCUCCCUUUGUGUAUUCGCGCCGAUAUCUUGAUUGGAAUCGCCAGACAUUCGCCUACCAUACCAAGCAGACGGAAAAGACAUUUGACCAAGCCUUUGGUCUGAAUGUCACUGGCGAAAUCACAAAAGUGCGCGAAGAGCUCAAGCUGGGCCAAGUAUUCGGUUGCGCGCCUCAGACGUGGUGCAUCUCCUGUGUUCCCUUUGACAAUCCAUCCAACAUCUACCCCGGCGUCAUUGUCCCCGCUGCUUCUACUAUUGUUGUGAAUCCGGCGCGCGAGCACAAGUCCCGUGUUAUCAUCGGCAAUACGAGAGGCGUCCGCUUUGAUCUCUACAAGGGACCAUUUACAUACGACGACAGCAUCAUCGUUUCCUUUUACCGUGACCUCUUCCUUUACAUUCCUGACGUGCCUUAUGCCUUGGCCAAGACUGUUCUACCAAAACUCAACAAACCUUCACCCGCCACGCGUGAUACUAAUCUCGCUACUAUGCCCAUCCCUCGCGACUCCUGUACUGACCCCUCUCUGGGCUAUCUGACCCGGCGUGAGAUGCAACAAGGCCAUGGAGUCGUCCGCCGCCAGGAGACCCUCACCUCAGGCUACGUUACUACAGACGACUGGGGCACUGACGGCGAUGAUACGAAGCACACCAAUAUCCCAGAGUAUCCGAUUCCCAGAUACUGGCAGGCUGAGGCAAACUUUCCCAAGGAAAAAGAUCCUGAAUUUGUGGAUCUAAUCUUUUACGAUCAUCUCCAGAAGCCCAUCUUGAUGGAUCUUGGCGCCAAUUACACCACUGCCACGGUGCACUCUUACAUUGGCUCUAACCUUACCUCACAAGGUAUGUUCUCAUUGCAUCCCACUUACUUUUUUGAGUGA